AUGAAGUACACCAUCGCCCUCGCUGUUUUCGCCGCUGGCGCCCUCGCCCAGUCCAGCACCAUCACCAGUGCUCCCGCUGCUCCUUCGGCCUCGCUCUCUCCGGAGCUCCAGUGUGUCGCCAAAUGCGAUGAUAGCGACGUGACCUGCAAGGCCGCUUGCCUCGGAAUUGCCCGUCCCAACGAGAGCCAGGCCAUCGACACCAACGAGUGCGCUGCCAAGUGCGAUCAGGGCGACGGAUCCCCCGAGGCCACCGACAAGUACGCCAAGUGCCAGCAAGACUGCUUCUACAGCCUCUUCCCCUCUUCCCAGACGAUUGCUCCCUUUGCCCCUGGCGGUGCUUCGACUGCUGCUGGCGCUGCCGCUUCAGCUACUGACGCCGCUGGAAGCGCUGCUGGAAGCGCUGCCUCUUCUGGUAAGUUUUGGCCUCCCCCAUCUGCUUUUGGCGGAUCUCUAGAUAUUGAUACUUCAUGAUAGGUGCUUCCCGAACAAACGCUGCCGCAUCUGGUGCCUCCAGUGCUGCUUCCGGUGCAUCUAGCGCUGCCUCUGAAGCCGGUUCUCAGCCUUCCGGAAAUGCUGCUGGCUC